GACCAAUACUCAGUUCAUAACCGACAUCCAUACACAGAGGACGCAGCAUCAUCUAGACCCUAAACGAGAGAAUGCUGCUCAAAUAUUUCCCCCUGCUUUUGCUGGCUCAGCUCGUGCUGGCGGCACCCACAGUUCGCGAUCCGACAUCGAGCAACAAGUCGGACGAUCCGGUGCAGAGGCAACUGGAACAGGAGGCCCGCGAGGAGACCGUCAGGCUGCUAAACGGCCUCUUCCGAGCACAAAUCGCAUACUUUACGGAGGUGAAGGCCAAGCUGAACCCCCAGUCGAGGAGGGCCACUGACAUAGAUCUUUAUGUGUCGCGCGUGAACGAGGCGAUUGCGGAGAACGAUCUGGACAAGAAGGAUCAAAUAUGGCUUGAUAUCUUCGAAGAUUUCAGGAAAUCGCCUUUAUUGCUGAACAGACAGUCUGAAACGGGCCUCAGCGAUGACGAGUACAAGGCCCUGCUCACGGAUGGGAAACUGCAGGAGAUCUCAAAGAGUUUCGUCUCCGAAGUGGCGGCAUAUUUCUGGAAAAUGGCCAAGCUCAGUGGCAGGGUCGUGGAGAACCACUUCGAGGGGCUAUCGAAUGACAUUAUCCGUAACUGAACACAGAAAACAGCAAUAAACCCAAUAUGUGUGACACUCGA